AAACAUGGAGGAGCGCUGCAUUUGCCCCUCGGUGUGGUUAUGGUGGAAGUUGGUCCGCGGUUUUAUUUUUGGUUAGGUAAUAGCGAUGUGGUGUCAGAUGCAAACGACAUAGGAAGGGUCAAAAGGCAGCGUUUGUUUUAAAAGAGAAGACACUUUCAGAAGCUCAUCAAACAUAGAGAGAUAGUACAAAGACAUACCAAGUUCAUAAAUGCUUUGAAAAAUAUUUGGGGUUAUAAAAAGAUGGUGCAAUAGCAUCCUUCCAAGAGCAGCUGAAGCCUGAGAUGUUGAUCAUGCAGUACACAUAUAAGCUGACAGAAUGGAAGGAUGUACAAAAUUGUGAUAUUUUGUCAUUUGUGAACACCAAUCUUACAGCGCACUUGUCGUCCGCGUUCGUGCGUUAAACUGAGCCUGCUCGGCACACGCUUGGUCCGCCUGCUUUCGGGGCGCCUCCGCGGGCCUGCCCACAAUGGCGGCCCACGGCUCGCACCAGCCCAAACGGAAGGAGAUCUACAAGUACGAGGCGCCAUGGACGCUGUACAGCAUGAACUGGUCCGUCCGGCCCGACAAACGCUUCAGGCUGGCCGUGGGCAGCUUCAUCGAGGAGUACAACAAUAAGGUGAUGGUGGUACAGCUGGACGAGGACGCCGGCGAGUUCUCCGCCCGCUCCACCUUCGAGCACCCCUACCCCACCACCAAGAUCAUGUGGAUCCCAGACGGCAAGGGCGUGUAUCCGGACCUGCUGGCCACCUCGGGCGACUACCUGCGUAUCUGGCGGGCCGGCGAGCCCGACACCCGGCUAGAGUGCGUCCUCAACAACAACAAGAACUCGGACUUUUGCGCGCCUCUGACGUCAUUUGACUGGAACGAGGUGGACCUGAACCUGAUUGGCACCUCAUCCAUCGACACGACGUGCACCAUCUGGGGCCUGGAGACAGGCCAGGUGCUGGGACGCACUAACCCCGUGUCGGGCCACGUUAAGACGCAGCUGAUCGCCCACGACAAGGAGGUCUACGACAUCGCGUUCAGCCGGGCCGGCGGCGGCCGCGACAUGUUCGCGUCAGUCGGUGCCGACGGCUCUGUGCGCAUGUUCGACCUGCGUCACCUAGAGCACUCGACCAUCAUUUACGAGGACCCCCACCACACGCCGCUGCUGCGGCUCGCAUGGAACAAGCAGGAGCCCAACAUCCUGGCCACCAUCGCCAUGGACUCGUGCGAGGUAAUCAUCCUGGACGUGCGCGUGCCGUGCACGCCGGUGGCACGGCUCAGCAACCACCGGGCGUGCGUGAACGGCGUGGCCUGGGCGCCGCACUCCUCGUGUCACAUCUGCACGGCCGGCGACGACCAUCAGGCACUCAUCUGGGACAUCCAGCAGGUGCCGCGCUCUAUCGAGGACCCGAUCCUGGCCUACACGGCCGCCGACGGCGAGAUCAACGGCAUCCAGUGGGGCGCCACGCAGCCCGAGUGGAUCAGCAUCUGCUACAGCCGCGUGCUCGAGAUCCUGCGCGUGUGAGCGGCCCCGCCCGCCGCCGGGAGCCGCGCGGCGCCGACG